AUGGCACCUGCCCCGACACUAGACGUGCAUCCUGUAAACGGACCCCCAGCAGGAGAGCCCUCUGCCGGGCAGAAGUCCCAGAAGCAGAUGACAAAGGCUGAACGUCGCGAGCUUCAGGAGAAGCAGCGAGCCGCCAAGGCCGCAAAGGCCGCAGCGAACGCUCCAAAUGGGAAGCUAGGAGGCAAGGCUGCAAAAGAGCUCUCCGCCCUCGCGGGUGCUCCGAGUAAGAAGACAGGGCGUCCGUCAGAUGCUGCAUCCAAACCUCCACUCCCUGGUCUAGUGAAGGCAGCGCAGGCCAAGGCAGGCCAAGCAUCCCUGGCGGACCAGAGUGCGAGGAACCAGGCUCGCGGCCUUCUGAUCUUCUCGCACUUCGGCUUGCCGAAACCCGUCAGCGCCGCGAAGGGCGAUAUCCAUCCCGCAAUUGCUAGACUCGCUCUCCAGUUCUCCACAUUCAAGAUCACUGGUGCAAAUGCGCGGUGUAUAGCUACUUUGACCGCAUUCAAGACAGUUAUCCAAGAUUAUGUCACACCGCAGAACAACACCCUUUCUCGUCAUCUCAUGACAUAUCUCUCGCCACAAAUCAGCCAUCUCGUCGCAGCCCGGCCAAUGUCUGUCACCAUGGGCAACGCUAUCCGGCAAUUGAAACUGGACAUCAGCGGUUCAGACAUUGACCUUCCAGAACAAGACGCGAAAGACGUUCUAUUCCGGAAGAUCGAUACAUACAUCCGAGAGAGAAUCAUCAUCGCAGAUCAGGUCAUCCAGGAGACAGCUGGUAACAAGAUCAAGGACGGUGAUAUAGUCCUCACAUACGCCCGGUCAUCAGUAGUCGAGAAAGUCCUGCUUGAAGCUCAUGCCUCUGGUCGGGAAUUUUCCGUGAUCGUCGUGGACUCAAGACCAAUGUUAGAAGGAAAGAGAUUACUUGCCGUUCUGUCUGAAGCGGGCAUACAAUGCACAUACCUGUUGCUCCCCGCUCUGGGUUCCGUCAUAAGCGAAGUCUCCGUCGUCCUUGUCGGUGCACAUUCAAUACACACCAACGGAGCCGUCUACUCUCGAGCCGGCACCGCGCUCGUCGCGAUGAUGGCGAAACGACACUCCGUGCCGGUGGUUGUAUGCUGCGAAACAUACAAGUUCUCUGAGAACAUACAAUUGGACAGUUUCACGAAGAACGAGCUGGCCCCACUUGGCGACCUAUUCUCGUCCUUCCCCAACAACAAGCCCCGCGAAUAUCUUACACUCGAGAACCAGCCGCACCUAGAGAUUCUAAACCCUCUGUACGACCUCACACCGCCGUCUUGCAUCACCGCUGUGGUGACCGAGGUCGGCGUGAUCCCUCCCAACGCUAUCAGCUCAAUACCGGUCGCCCUCGGCCGACUCUAG